GUAAUCGUAAAUUGGGUGAUGCACCGGUAAUUGUUGGGUCACGCCCACCACCUAAUGAUUCACUUUGGAGGAGUGUUCGGGAACAGGGGUUCAAUGUAAUGGUAUAUGAUCGAAACAUUGAAAAUCGUGAGAAGAAAGUUGAUGUAACAUUAGCACAUACUAUUGAUAAAGUAAUUUUCAGAAAAAGUCCCGGUAUAUUGGCAUUAGUCUCUGGAGAUAGUGACUUUGACCCAAUAGUAACAACUGCCUUCCAAUGUAAUUGGAUAGUUGAAACAUGGUUCUGGAAUAUGGGAAUGUCCGGUGAACUUAAGGACAAGACAAUUUUCACACCUCUAGACUAUCACUAUAAGUCCUUUUCGUGUGGUUUUGGUCCUGACUUUGGAAAGAGCGAUCGGGUUCUUGAGGUUAUUGGUCAUGCACUUCGGAAUUGGGGGAACAAAGAAAUGAUCGAUAUAUUCGCUCCUUUAAACGUAUUCGGUUGGUGGAACCGGAUAAAUGAUGAGACAUUUCACUUAUAUUUUAAUAAAAAGAUGCAAUUGCAAUUAGUAAAGAGUUGGAUAAAAAAUAGUCCACAUGAAUUACAAAUUAAGGAAAAAAGUUUUUUGCUUCGUAUACUUUGGGGCUGUUAA